UAAUCUUCAGACAAAGAGAACCAGGAACGUUUCAAUUACUUUAAAAAGAAACAAAUCAUCCAGCAAGUCCCAGCGCUCCAAUACUACCAAACAAGCUGGAAUAGAAACCUUAUGGCAAAACCAGUGCAAAUUGAGGUGUGGAAUCCGAAUGGGAAAUAUAGAGUUGUCAGCACAAAGCCUAUGCCUGGAACUCGUUGGAUCAAUCUGUUGAUCCAGCAGGACUGUCGCGUAGAAAUAUGCACACAGAACAAAACCAUUUUGUCUGUUGAAGAUAUCAUUGCUCUGAUUGGUGAUAAGUGCGAUGGAGUCAUUGGACAGUUGACUGAGGAUUGGGGGGAUGCACUGUUCUCUGCGUUGAGCAAAGCUGGAGGUAAAGCUUUCAGCAACAUGGCCGUGGGAUAUAACAAUGUGGAUGUUAAUGCAGCCAACAGAUACGGGGUUGCCGUAGGAAAUACUCCUGGUGUGCUCACAGAGACUACAGCAGAGCUAGCAGCUACACUUUCUGUCGCGGCAGCUAGAAGGAUUGUGGAAGCAGAUGAGUUCAUGAGAGGUGGCUUAUACGAAGGAUGGCUUCCUCAUCUGUUUGUGGGCAACUUGCUCAAAGGACAAACUGUUGGAGUGAUUGGAGCUGGUCGUAUUGGUUCUGCUUAUGCCAGAAUGAUGGUUGAAGGCUUCAAAAUGAACUUAAUCUACUACGAUUUGUACCAAGCCACCCGUCUAGAAAAGUUCGUCACAGCUUAUGGCCAGUUCCUGAAAGCCAAUGGUGAACAACCCGUGACGUGGAAAAGAGCUUCAUCCAUGGAUGAAGUGCUUCGAGAAGCUGAUGUGAUAAGUCUUCAUCCUGUCCUCGACAAAACAACGUAUCAUCUUGUGAAUAAAGAAAGCCUUGCAGUAAUGAAAAAGGAGGCAAUCCUUGUGAACUGCAGCAGGGGUCCGGUCAUUGAUGAGGUAGCUCUUGUGGAGCAUCUGAAAGCAAACCCCAUGUUUCGAGUCGGUCUUGAUGUAUUUGAGGAUGAGCCUUAUAUGAAACCUGGGCUUGCAGACAUGAAAAAUGCUAUCGUGGUGCCUCACAUAGCAUCCGCUUCCAAGUGGACUCGUGAAGGAAUGGCAACACUAGCUGCCCUGAAUGUCUUGGGAAAGAUCAAAGGCUACCCAAUCUGGUCUAACCCAAACAGCGUGGAAGCAUUCCUAGAUGAGAACUCUCCCCCUCCUGCUGCAUGCCCAAGCAUUGUCAACGCAAAAGCUAUAGGUUUACCAGUUUCAAAGCUGUAAUUACGGUACACUACACUACAAGAAUGGGCAUCUUGAGGCAGCAUAUGAAACUAGAAGGAAUCCUGAGAAUUACGGGCUAUUCACUGAUGAGGAGAGUUGAUAUUAAUAUGUAAUUUUCCUUGAUGAAUUGUUGACAGCAUUGUAAAUUGGUUAUAUGUAUAAUAAUUGUCUUUACUUGCGUAUGGUUUUAUCA